AUGACACAUUUACUCCCGCCGAUGCUGUUGAACCUCUUCGCCCCGCGGCCGCCUCUGCGAUGGGUUGAACCUACUGACCACGCGCCAGAAAAGCGUUGCACGCCCAAGAUUGGCGGUAUCGCGCAAUACAUGGACGCUCUACGCGAAUACAAGGACAAUGAUGGCUACGUGCCCACCGACAGCUGGCUUCAGAAGCGCGACCGCAAGAAGCUCGAAAAGAAGGAGAAACAGGAGAAGCUUAUCACCGAAGGCGUCAAGAAUUACAAACCCUCCGAGGAUCCGAAGGUACAGGGCGACGCUUUCAAAACACUAUUCGUGUCUCGUCUAUCAUACGGCAUCACCUCUGACGACCUGGAGCGCGAAUUUGGUCGCUACGGUCCCAUUGAGCGUAUUCGCAUUGUUGAAGACAUCACGCAGCCAGAAGACGCGCCACCCAAGAAGCGCAAGCGCGGUUAUGCCUUUAUUGUGUUUGAGCGCGAGAAGGACAUGAAGGCUGCAUACAAAGAGACAGAUGGCAUCAAGAUCAAAGACCGACGUGUUCUAGUCGACGUUGAGCGCGGUCGCACAGUUUCUGGCUGGCGUCCACGUCGCUUUGGUGGUGGCCUUGGCGGC